AUGUCCGUCUUUCUCACUCAGUCUGCCCUAGACGGAUACAACGUGUGCAUCUUUGCCUAUGGUCAAACGGGCAGUGGCAAGACCUAUACGAUGGAGGGACCCGAUAACUUCACACAGGACACGAGGGGGAUGAUCCCACGCGCUGUCCAUCAGCUCUUCACCACUGCACACAAACUGGAGAGCAUGGGGUGGAUGUACAAGUUCACUGUCAGCUUUCUGGAGAUCUACAAUGAAACGAUCCGUGACCUGUUGGUCAGAAAACCGGAGAAGAAUGUUGAGUAUGAGAUCAAGCAACUGAGCAGCACCAAUCAGCAGCUCCACGUGACAAACCUCAAGUACGUGGGUGUUGAGACACAGGAAGAGGUCUACAAACUGAUUGCCAUUGCAAAAGCUAACCGAUCAGUGGCAAAAACCGCAAUGAAUGAUCACUCUUCGCGAAGCCACAGCGUCUUCCAGCUGCACGUAGAAGGGACGGAUUCUGCCCACGGUCUGCAAUGCACAUCAACCCUGUGUCUCGUGGACUUGGCAGGCAGUGAGCGCCUGGCUAAAUCUCAGUCAAAAGGCGAACGUCUGCGCGAGGCUCUGGCAAUCAACACAAGCCUGUCCUGCCUUGGACGUGUUUUCAUGUCGCUGUCCAACAAGGAGUCGCACAUUCCCUACCGGAGCAGCAAGCUGACCUAUCUCCUGCAGAACAGUUUGGGAGGCAACUCCAAGGUGCUGAUGUUCGUGAAUGUGUCUCCUCUGGAGGAAAAUUUCAGUGAAUCACUGAAUGCCUUGCGCUUUGCCUGUCAGGUGAACGAGUGUAUGAUUGGAACUGCACAGGUGAACCGGAAACACAUCAUGUGAGUGAACAGCUAUCCGAAGCCCAGAAAUGUAAGGCGUCUUCAGUAACAGUGCAUCUCCUCCAUUGCUCUCUUUGGUUUCCAGCUCAUGGGCGCUUUUUUAAUUAAUAUCUGCAUCAAUUUUAUUAGUGUCUUAAUCAAUAAAGAUGAGUUUGCUAUG